CUAACAUAGUCUGCACCCGCCGUGAAACGACAAAGAAGAAGUAGAAGAAGACGCUGAAAAAAAACAAAAUGUGGAGUUCUCGGGGUUUGAAAUGACGAUAAAACAUGUAUAUAGAUUGACAGCAACAAAUAUCUCCAAGACUCGUCUGACCUGCUAUCUGAAGUGAAGAUAGAAGACGUAAUAGAAGACGAACCACUGCUAUGCUAAGAUGGCGACGUCCAGUCGAAGAGAAGGAGGAAGAAAAUCAGCGCUACCAACUCCCAGAAAAUCACCAAGGGAUGAGAACCCCCAAAUUACAGUUAACGUCAGCUCAAGAAAGGUACUCGCUGCCGCCAUUCUUCUUGCACAGCUUGAAGAAGACGAGGAGAGGGCCAGAAGCAGAAGACGCGUUUGGGUUCGCCCCAUCAAUCAACAAAGGCGAGAAGAAGGAGAUUAUUUCAACCUUGUGGCAGAGCUGAGGCUGGACAAACGCCGACAUCAGCGCUACUUCCGGAUGAGCGCUGAGCAGAUGGACCAUCUUCUUUCCCUGAUCGGUCACGAACUGACCAGGCAGUCGACUAACUUCAGAGCUUCUAUUGAGCCCAAACAACGACUGGCUGUUGCGUUGAGAUAUUUGGCAUCGGGUGACUCCUUGAUCAGCCUGGCGUUCAGCUACCGACUGGGCCACUCCACUGUCAUACAGUCAGUUCACAUGGUCUACGCCGCCAUCGAGAAACUGAUGAUGGAGGACUUCCUACCCAGACCAACACAAGAGUCGUGGAAGGAGGUGGCCCGUGGUUUCUGGGACAAGUGGAACUUUCCAAACUGUCUGGGAGCUAUUGAAGGCAAAAAGGUGAACAUACGGACACCGGCUCACUCCAAAUCCCAGAGCCGUGAUGACAAGCGAAACUUCUCCAUUGUGCUCUUGGCUCUAGUGGAUGCGGACUACAGAUUCAGAGCCGUUCAAGUCGGAGACUUUGGGAGGAUGAGUAACGGUGGUGUGUUUGCUUCAUCGGAUCUGGGGAAGGGGCUGGAGACCGGAACGCUACAUGUGCCCCCAAGUGCCACUCUGCCUGGUGCUCCUGAGCUGGGUCCACUACCACACGUCAUGGUUGGAGAUGUAGCUUUCCCACUCAAGACGUAUCUGCUGAGGCCCUACCCCGCCAAAGAUCUUCAUCACGACAAGAGAAUUUUCAAUUAUAGAUUAUCGCGGGCGCGCACGGUGGUGGAGUGUGCCUUUGGGAUCCUCUCAGCAAGAUGGAGGAUCAUGUUGAGAGAUAUCAACUUGCACCCAAACCACGUGGACACACUUGUUGUCGCAGCGUGCAUUCUGCAUAACUUUUUACUUUCACCAAAUGACAAUAUCAGGAUGCUGGAGGAGGCUGAAGAAAGGGGCGGGGGCAUGCCACAGGCCAGGAACCUUGGCGGGCACCGGGCUGCGGGCCCGGCGUAUGUCAAUAGGCAGGCUUACACGACAUACUUCAACAGUCCAGCCGGCAGUGUGACCUGGCAGGAACGAAUGAUCUCGGUGAAUGGCUGAUAGAGACACACCUUCAUUCACACCAAUUUAGAAUAAUAGCAUAUACUCAGUUACUUGUACUAAAAUAUGAAAGUAAAUAACCGUAGUUAUGACGAUGCAACAAUAAAAUGUUUACCAAAAGUGUAUUUAAUGUAUGUAUGUAAUUCGUCGUCCAUUGUUGAAUAUACUUUUUACAACCCCGCCUUAGCGGUAAUGAUGUCAUUACCUUUCCUACAGUGUUUUUCAGACUGAUUUUAUUUUGAAAUACACUGGAAGUUUCAACUUGGAGGAUCUGACUUCCUUUUUGGCUUGCAGUAUUCCCGAGCACUCUCCUAUAUGGCUGUAUGUUAAAAUGCGACAUCUUAAAUAGAUAAAUCACUAUUUACUAAGUCCUUUUAAGGACUCGGUAAUGUGGCCAAUCACAGUGGAGUGUGCAUGCCAGGAGGCGGGCGAAACCAUUUUUGCCGGAAGCACAAAAUCUAAAGAAAUACAGCUGAAUAGGUGCAGAUUUUGGAAGAACUAGAAAGCUUUGUGUCGCGGUUAUUGUGUGUAGCGGCUCUAUAUGAGCCACAACUCAAUACAAAGGGCCGAAAAAUCAGUUUCUGGAUGUCUGCAGGAUGCAAAGACCUGCCAGUCUUGAAUAAAUCAAUCCCUCGUUUUUGUGAUUUGUUGGUUACAGAAUCGUAAGUGAAUGACUGUAUGAUUCCUUAGUUCUAAAAAUGGAAUAUUAACAUGGUUAGAGCAUAGGAAUCCUGUUGACGACCUAUUGGGUGUUGCAUUCAAAGCCCACAACAAAUACAGCAUCAGACAAAAUAUACUUUCAAAUUGAAUUUUUAAUUAAAAAGGAAUAAUUAAUUAGUCAUUUUGCUGUUAAUUUGUUGAUCAUGAUUAUAAUCAGAGUAAAACACCUGACAAAAAUAGUUUGUAUUAGUUAAUUCAUUUGUCACCAUAAAUGUAAUAUGUUUAUAAAUCAAUAAGUAAGACUCUGCGUGUGUUCAAAGAGGCCUUUCAAUACAAUUAGAGCAAAUAAAAGGUUUCCCCCCUGUGUGUUGUCAUGUGUUUCACCACAUUUGAUUUAGUGGUGAAGCUUUGACCACAGUCUGAGCAAGAAAAAGGUUUUUCUCCCGUGUGUGUUUUCACGUGUGAAGCCAAAUUUUCCUUUUUAGUAAAACAUUUAAAACAUUUUGAACAACAAAAAGGUUUUUCUCCUGUGUGUGUUUUCACGUGCGAAAUCAAAUGUCCCUUUUGUGCAAAACUUUUACAACAUUUUGAGCAAGUAAAAGGUUUCUCUCCAGUGUGCGUUCUCAUGUGUAACACCAUAUGUACCUUUUUAGUAAAACGUUUAGAACAGUUUGAACAACAAAAAGGUUUUUCUCCUGUGUGUGUUUUCAUGUGUGAAUCCAACGGUCCCUUUUGUGUGAAACUCUUAGAACAUGUUGAGCAAGUGAAAGGUUUUUCUCCUGUGUGUGUUCUCAUGUGGUUUAUCAAAGUUGCUCUGUGAGAGAAACUACUACCACAUUCAGAACAAUUAAAAGGUUUUUCUCCUGUGUGUGUUCUCAUGUGUGAUACCAUGCCUGCCCUUUCGGGGUAACUUUUGCCACAGUCUGGGCAACGAUAAGGUUUUUCUCCUGUGUGUGUUCUCAUGUGUUUUACCAGAGUUUGCUUGAGAGUGAAACUUUUACCGCAUUCUGAGCAAUUAAAAGGUUUUUCUCCCGUGUGUGUUCGCAUGUGGUUGACCAAAGACACCCUUUGUGUGAAACUUUUAGAACAUUUUGAGCAAUAAAAAGGUUUUUCUCCCGUGUGUGUUCUCAUGUGUUUUACCAAAGUUGCCUUGUGAGUGAAACCUUUACCACAUUCUGAGC